ACCCAGCUCUCCCACAGGGAGGAUUGGGAGUUGGGUGCGGGGAGCCCCGGGGUGGUCAGGGGAAGAGGCGGCGAGGAACCAGAGUUCCCGGCACGGGGCGUCAGCCGCAGCCACUCCGGGGGGAUCUUGGGGCAUGUGGGUCCCCAGAGGGAUCCUGUAAGGGGAGCUGCGAUGUGGGUCCAGAAGGAGUGGUACCGGGACCCUGCGGAGGCUUCUGGGCAGGUCUGGGUGCCCCGCAAGCCAGCCAGGGCCUCUGAUAGGAUGGGGCUGCCGUGGUUGCAACGGGAAGCCAGUCCCCAGGGGAAGCAGAGAGAGUGGAAGCCCGAAUCUAGGGGUGUCAGUUGUUCCCCAGAACGCAGCCAGGUCUGGAUCCCCCGAGAGAAGCCAGCUCCUGCGGGUGGGGGUCCUGGGGAUGUCUGGAUUCACAAGGUGAGGGAUCCUUCUGGGGCUGGGAUCAUGUGGGUCUGGGCCAAGGUGACAAAUUGUAAUGAAGAAGAUGAAGCAGAGGAGACCAGGGUUUGGACCUUCCGUAAGGAGGGCCCUAGGAAAGGGGGGCAAGGAGCUUAUGCGAUGCAGGUGAGCCAGGGAGCAACGUUACUCGCUCUGGCGCUGUGUGCAGUCUUCUCGCUAGUGCUGGGCACGGAAGGCAAACGGAAGCUCCAGAUUGGGGUCAAGAAGCGGGUGGACAACUGCCCCAUCAAGUCCCGCAAGGGUGAUGUGCUCCACAUGCAUUAUACGGGCAAGCUGGAGGAUGGGACAGAGUUCGACAGCAGCCUGACUCGUGAUCAGCCGUUUAUCUUCUCCUUGGGGACUGGACAAGUCAUUAAAGGCUGGGAUCAGGGCCUGCUUGGGAUGUGCGAGGGUGAGAAGAGAAAGCUGGUCAUUCCUUCUGAGCUGGGUUAUGGGGACCGGGGAGCGCCACCCAAAAUCCCAGGUGGCGCAACCUUAAUAUUUGAAGUUGAGCUGCUGAAGAUUGAGCGAAGGCAGGAAUUAUAGCGACAUCUCUUCGGGGGAGGGGGCACACAGGGAGGGGAGGUAAUCUUGAGUAUUUGUUGAUACCGAUGG